AUGUCGCACAAAGCGUCACCGGACGUCGCUCCGUUCAUCCAGAUUCUCUCGUCCAUCGUCGAGAAUGAGCCGCAAGCGCUGCGAUGGCUCGACGACGGCCGCGCGUUCCAGAUUCAUGACAUGGACUUGUUCACGACCGUUGUGUUGGCCAAAUACUUUAAGCACAACAAGUACUCGAGCUUCCAGCGCCAACUCAACUACUUUGGCUUUAAAAAGUGGACCAAGCGCCGGUCGACAGUGUGCACGUUCUCCCACGAGUGCUUUGUUCGAGACUUCCCUGACCUCCGAGCAUGCAUCCUGCGCCAGCGGCAACGGGACCGCACGUAUGAUCCGCUCAUGGAGCCGUGCCUUGACCUGACCUGUAUCGAGCACGACAUGGUCGUCGCAUGUUUACAAGAAUGCUUCUCAUAA